AUGGCAAAAAAAAAAGAAUAUUCAUUGAUUGAUGGAAGUGCGAAAGCUCAUAAUCAAAAUGUUCAUAAUCAUAUUCAUAAUCAUAUUCAUAAUCAUUCAACGAAUGAUUUAUCAAAUAAUAAGCAAAAUAAUAAGAGGAAAUUAGCUGUUCAUAAACAAAAGGAGUUGACAUUUUCUUAUUGUCUUCUUCAGUCACCAGCGGCAGGAUCAAGUAAUCGUAAUGUAUAUGAUGUAAGUGAGUUGCGUGCUCAACUCGGUUCCUAUGGUCUUACUGUUCGUGAUAUUCCUGGUGAUGGAAACUGUCUUUUCAGAGCAUUGGGAGAUCAGUUAGAUGGGCACACAUUGAACCACCUCAAACAUAGACUGGAAACGGUGCGUUAUAUGAUUGCUCAUCGGGCUCAUUUCGAACCUUUCCUUGAUGUACCUUUUGAUAGAUAUGUGGAUGAACUUAGUCGUCCGGGUACUUAUGCGGGUCAAGAUGCUUUAGUAGCCUUCGCGCGUCUACACAAAGUCAAUAUUUUAAUUCAUCAGUUGAAUAGACCGGUCUGGCAAAUUCAAGGCUGUGAGAAUGAAAAUGCUCCCGAAUUACAUCUUUCUUAUCAUAAUGGUGAACACUAUUCAAGUGUUCGUAGAUUCGGUGAUUUUGAUAAUACACCAGCAGGGAUCCGUAUUUUAGCGAAGACCACAACAGUGCCUUGUUGCGCUUCGCAUAACAGCGUUUGCACAGCGGCUACACCAGUUACAUCGUUUGCAGAUUUAUCAUCAGUACAAAAUUCGUUCAUGAAACCUCCUGCUCAGUCUGUUCUUCUGGAUUCUACUACAAUUGACUAUUUGGGAAACGAUGAAUUCGAAUUACUUAUUAGACAGGUUAUGAUGGAAAGUGGCUGUCGUGACCGCGAAAUGGUAACCGAUGUUUUAGUUGAUAAAGGUGGUGAUGUUAUUCAGGCUAUUGAUUACUUGGUUUCGCUGACCUUUUAUAUUGAUCAGCCUAACAAUGAACAAUUAACAGGUAUUUUCGAUGUGAAGGAAAUGAAAUCACUACAUCUUUUUUUUGCAUUUUUUCUCAUUUGCUUUUAA